AAUAUUUGUUGAACAAAAGUUCAAACAAAUCUUGCGCCUCAUGAUUUCCAGCUUAUGUGGCAUCCUCUAGGUGGUUUUGCAAAGGCCAAAAUCUUUCUUGGCUUGCACGGCUACUAGCAUGUAUUAAUAGGGCCCCAGGCAACCUUCGUUCCAUCACCCUCAACAAUAUCAUCUACACCAUCUAGAAUCUUGUUUAACACAAGUACUGCAGUUUCAACAAUGGCAGCAUACACCACCAAGAUCUUCGCCCUCUUUGCCUUGAUUGCUCUUUUUGCAAAUGCUGCGACUGCAUAUACCACUGUUCAAUAUUUCCCACCAACACUAGCAAUGGGCACCAUGGAUCCGUGCAGGCAGUACAUGAUGCAAACAUUGGGCAUGGGUAGCCCAACAGCCAUGUUCAUGUCUCAGCCAAUGGCUUUCCUUCAGCAGCAAUGUUGCAUGCAGCUACAAGGCAUGAUGCCGCAGUGCCACUGUGGUGCCAGUUGCCAGAUGAUGCAGAACAUGCAACAAGUAAUUUGUGCUGGACUUGGGCAGCAGCAGAUGAUGAUGAAGAUGGCGAUGCAGAUGCCAUACAUGUGCAACAUGGCCCCUGUCAAUUUCCAGAUCUCUCCCUGUGGUUGUUGAUCAAACUUUGGUUACAUGUACUCUAGUAAUAAGCGUUGCACGCUAUCGUGUGCAAACACUAGAAAUAAUAACCAUUGAAUAAAAUAUCAAUCAGCUGUUUUCAGAGUU